AUGGCUGCCUACAACUCAAGAAUCCAUAUCUUGCUCGUGCUAUCCUCUGUUUUCUGCCUCGCAUCUCACGCCGCCGCAUUCAACUGCAGCGCCUGGGAAUGGGAUGACUCCGAUGUGAUCUCUUUCGAUGAUGCCAUACUUGCACUUGGAACCACCAUGGCCAGAAUCAUUUUCAACGACUAUGUGUUGUGUCAAAUCCUUGAGGAGACUCGGGAUUAUCGCUACAGGCCACCAGUUAACUGCAGAGCCAGGUUUUUAUCUGAUUUCUGUUCCGCGUUGGUUGAAUACGAACUUGGAACUGGGCUUUUUUCUGAGAGCAUGAGCGAAAGAUACGGCCGUAGAGCGAUGACCACGAGGAAGAAACAGCCUGUUGGGGUCCGCGGGAAGAUCGCGUCAUCGUGGUUGAUGCAAGCAGCUGUGGUAGGCUCGGCCUUGCUGGUCUUGAUUUGCACCGUGCCAGCCCUUCUGCUCUGCAUACGCGGCAAGAGGCUGAGGCAGAGCACAUCGGUUAUCGAACUCCGGCGAGGAUGGGGACCUAGGCAGUUCCGCUACAGCGAGCUUGCCGCCGCGACGGACAAUUUCGCCGAGGACAGAAAGAUCGGGAGAGGCGGGUUCGGUCCGGUGUACAGAGGAUACUUGAGUGACCAAGAUCGUUAUGUGGCCAUCAAGGAGCUCUCGCAGGAGCAGACCGCCGUGCAGGGGCGCAAGGAGUUUGAGGCAGAGGUCACCAUCAUGAGCCGGCUUAGGCACCGCAACAUCGUCCAGCUCGUCGGCUGGUACCGUGGCCGGGAACGACUAGCGAUUGUCUACGAGCUCGUCUCCGGAGGCAGCCUUGACACCCAUCUCUACAGCCCUGACAGACUCUUGACGUGGCCAGAGAGGUACAAGAUCGCGCUCGGCCUGGGCUCCGCCUUGCGGUUCCUCCACACGGAAUGCGACCAGUGCAUCGUGCACGGCGACAUCAAACCCGCAAACGUGAUGCUGGACGCGUCGCGCAACGCCAAGCUCGGCGACUUCGGGCUAGCGAGGCUCGUCGACCACGGAGCCGAGCCACGGACAACGCAGGUCGUCAAGGGAACCCUCGGGUACAUCGACCCGGAGUUCGUCAGCAGCCACAGGCCGGGCGCCGAGUCCGACGUGUACAGCUUCGGCGUCGUGCUCCUCGAGAUCGCCUGCGGCAGGGGGCCGACGUUGACGCGAACGGAUCAUCAAGCCUCGGCGGCGCUGCUGGCCUCGGUCCGUGGCAUGCACCACCGGAACCGGAUCGUCGACGCGGCAGACCGGAGGCUGAAUGGCGAGUUUGACAGGCUGCAGAUGGAGCGUCUGCUCGUCACAGGGCUGUGGUGCGCGCACCACGACCCGAUGCGGCGGCCGUCCGUUGCGCAGGCCAUGGAUGUGCUACGAUCUGCAGACGCCAAGUUGCCCGUGCUUUCAGAGAUGCGUGGCGCCGGGAGGUUAGGUCUUUGGAGGCACAGGCUUAUGGACUUAUUAUGGUGA